AUGUUUCAGCGACGCCUUCUUAGGGUCGCUGCCCAACCCCAGGCACGCCUCAAUGUUGCGCGCACGUUUGCGAGCGUCAGCGAUGCCCCCACCCAGUCCGUCCAGUCCGACCUCUUCAAGCCCACCAAGUACGGUGGCAAGUACACCGUCAGCCUCAUUCCCGGAGACGGUAUUGGAGCUGAGGUUGCCGAGAGCGUGAAGACCAUCUUUAAGGCGGACAAUGUGCCCAUCACAUGGGAGCAGAUCGAGGUGUCGGGUCUGCAAGACGCCACACCCACGGGCCGCACAGAGGAGAAGUUCGAGGAGGCCGUUGCCUCGCUCAGGCGAAACAAGCUCGGUCUGAAGGGUAUUCUGCACACCCCCAUCACCCGGUCCGGCCACCAGAGCUUCAACGUGGCCCUGCGCCAGGAGCUCGACAUCUACGCCUCGGUCGCGCUGGUCAAGAACAUUCCCGGGCUAAAGACCCGCCACGACAACAUCGACCUCUGCAUCAUCCGUGAGAACACCGAGGGCGAGUACAGCGGUCUCGAGCACCAGAGCGUGCCUGGCGUCGUCGAGUCGCUCAAGAUCAUUACUCGGGCCAAGUCGGAGCGCAUCGCCAAGUUUGCGUUCAGCUUCGCCCUUGCCAACAACCGCAAGAAGGUCACUUGCAUCCACAAGGCCAACAUCAUGAAGCUGGCCGACGGUCUCUUCCGGGGCACCUUCAACAAGCUGGCUAAGGACUACCCGCAACUGGAGUGCACCGACAUGAUCGUCGACAACGCGUCCAUGCAGUGCGUCGGCCGGCCCCAGCAGUUUGACGUUAUGGUCAUGCCUAACCUGUACGGUGGCAUCCUACACGUCGGUCUCGACAUCAAGGGCAAGGACCAGGCCAACCCUACCGCCCUUCUUCUCAGUGGCACCAUGCUGCUGCGCCACCUCGGCCUCGACGACCACGCUAACCGCAUCUCCAACGCCGUCUACGACGUCAUUGCUCAGGGCAAAGUCCGGACCCCCGACAUGGGUGGCCAGGCCACCAACCAGGAGUUCACCCGCGCCAUUCUCAGCUCGAUGGAGAAGGCUCUUUAA